AUGCGUCUCACACUGCUCGUGGCGGCCCUUGCUGGGCUGGCCAGCGCCGACAUCCCGAAGCUGCCGCUGCCGGCGUCCUGCAGCGGCGUCACGGCGCCCCAUUUCCCGGCCAUGACCGUGGCCGACGGCUGGAAGGUCACCAAGAUCCUGGGCGGGCUCCGGCAGGUGCGCGUCGUCCUCUGGGACCCGCUCGGCCACAUGCUCGUGUCGCAGGCCGGCAAGGGCAUCUCGGUGCACACGUUUGGCACCGACGGCUGCGUCAACAGCACCACGAUGCUCAUCAGCAACAUCGCCCUCAACCAGGGCCUGGCGCUGACGCCCGACGGCAAGACGCUGUACGCCAGCUCGGAGCGCGCGGCGUUCUCGUGGACGUACGACCCGGUGACGAUGAAGGUGUCGGACCAGAAGACGGCGAUUGGCGGCAUGGACCAGGGCAUCCACUCGACGCGCAACCUGCUGGUGGUGGCGUCGCAGCCGAACCUGGUGCUGCUGCAGGUGGGCAGCAACGCCAACUUUGACAUGGCCGCGCAAGACAAGGCGACGGGCCGCGCGAUUGUCAAGAUCUUUGACAUGAGCAAGGCGCCGGCGGCCGGCUACAACUACAAGAAGGACGGCGAGGUGCUGGGGUACGGUCUGCGCAACGAGAUUGGCUUCACGGCGGACCCCAACGGCCACAUCUGGGGUGUCGAGAACAGCGGCGAUGACUUCACCCGCACGGUGAGCGGCCGCCGCACGGACAUCCACAAGGACAACCCGGCCGAGAAGCUCAACUACCUCGGCGAUCCUCUCAAGGUCCGUGACGCCUGGUACGGCUACCCGCAGUGCUUCGCCGUCUGGGACCCGUCGGCGUUCUCGGACAACAAGGUCCUCAAGACCGGCAGCCACUUUGUGCUCGCGCCCAACAGCAGCUACUCGGACGAGACCUGCAACGGCAAGGCCCAGGGCCCGCGCCUCACCUUCCAGGCCCACAGCGCGCCCAUCAUGAACACGUUUGACGACGACGCCAAGAACAUGUACGUCACCUUCCACGGCUCCUGGGACCGCCAGCCGGCCACGGGCUUCAAGGUCGUCCAGAUUCCCUUCACCAAGCUCGGCAACGGCAACUACGACCCCGUCGCGCCCGCCGACAGCAUGAAGGGCUACAACGACAUCUGGGCCGCCUCGAACCCGGGCUCGUGCACGGCCAACGGCCUGACCACGAGCAACUGCAUCCGCCUGACGGCGGCGUCCUGGGACCCGGCGGGCCGCGGGCUGUUUGUCGGCAGCGACAACUCGGCCGAGGGCGAGAUCUUUAUCCUGUCAAAGAAGUGA